UUACGAUUGAAGUAGUGAGGAAUGGCUCUGUACUAAAACAAAUCAUUCCUUGUCAAUAGAUGAAGGACUAUAUAUAUAUCCAUUGCUUCAUGAAGCAGAAAACUCUAUAUCAUCAAUUAACAAGAAAUAAACCAUAGUGCAGUUGAUGCAAAGGGAUAUAAUUCUAUAUGUUGUUGAGGAAGAGCACAGUGGAGGUUCCGACAACAGAGAAGGAUACAAGCUCAGUUUUCAUACUGGGUCUUAUCCAACACAAAUGUUUAUUGAACUUCAAGAGUUGGUGCCAAGAGUGGAUGGUGGAUUACAGUUCAAUGAAUCUAUCUUUAAAAUGCCAGUUGCAGCUCAUUUUCGAGUCCUUUGGUUAGAAACAGCAAGAUGGGUGAAUUUUGAGGAAAAUUUUAAUGAAGUGGAACAACGUUUUACAGAAGCUCAUGUACCACCUAUGAAGUUUUCUUGUAUAAAUAGCUUCAGGGAUAAAUUACAACAGAAUUUGAAAAUUAUACAAACUGAUGCACUUACACUUGGUCAAGCCCUUGAUGAAGUGGCAAAAUAUGCUUUAUCACAAAGCUGUAUUCAAGGAAAUGAACAAUAUGAUGUUUUACGUGCUAUUUUGUUUGCUGAACGUUGGCAUCCAGAAGUUAAAGGUCAUAUAUCUGAUGCAGCUGAAUUCGAUCAGUAUUGGGCAGGAACUUUACCGGAAGGUAUCAAUCCUAAACCAGCCUUUUUACAAAGAGCAUCUGUGGCAGCGAUCGGAGCUAAGAAGCAUAUUUCUAUGACAAGAGCAUCUGUUUCAACGAAUGAUUUUAAACCAAAGGAGCAAUGUUCAGUUAAAAGGUCAUGUGUAUCAUAUAAUGAUCUUGGUUAUAAGCUUUCUCUAGGUAGUAGAGAACAAGGAGCAAGUUCACUUUCAAAAGCGCUUAGUAUUCACAAUGAAUGUCAACAUCCUUAUCAUCGAUAUAAUCAACCUUUAACUAAUUGCUUAUCCUCUGGUUCUGAAGCAUGUACUGUCAUUUGCGGUUUAAUUGAAUUUCUAAAAUCACCAAUUCUUGUAUUGUUAAGAUUAAACAAAACUAUUCAACGUUCAUGUAUUUCGGAAGUGGAUAUUCCAGUACGUUUUAUAUUUAUUUAUGUUGGACCACAAAAUGAUGAAUUAAAUUAUGCUGAAUUGGCUCGUAUAUUUGCAGUAAUGAUGACUAAUGAUACAUUUCGAUUAUGCGUUUACGACUCAAUUUCAGUUGAUGAUAUUAUAAAAGGAAUUGAUAAUUUUAUGCAAGAUUCAUUUGUUAUGCCACUUUCACGUCAUUAUAAUGCUAAUGCUCUAGCUGGAAUGACACGUCAAAUUGAAGCAUAUAGAAAAGAAACAGUUUGUGAAAGAGAUGGUGAUCGACGACCAAAAGAUAUACGAAGAAUGUGAUAAUGAUUAACUAAUUUAUUAUCAUAUUAUUUGGAAAUUUCACAUUUGUUUACCUCGUUUAUAUUUUCCAUACACUUCUAUGCAUCCUAUACAUAUAUAUAUAUACAUAUUGACUGUAUUCAUUGUUCAUUAUCUCUAUUUGAUAAUCUAUAUUUCACCUUUGUGUAAACAUUUUACUCAGUUGUACCCUCAUAUUUCCGUAUAUAUAUCUUUUCGAUUUUUAAAUUUCUUUCAAAUAUAGAAAAUAUAUUCAGAACAAAAAAACAAUAAAUCUAUAUGUACAAUUAUCAAGACUGGUUUAUUCGUUUGUUUGUUUGUUUUUUGUGUCUUGAUUACAUGAAAUAAAUUUCUUGUUAUAAUC